AAAAAAUUCCAUUUUUUUAAUAGUAGAGAUUUUUAAAAUAAAAAAACCCAAAAAAUACCGAAAUUUGCAGUCUUGCAGAGCCCUCUCUCUCUCUCUCUCUCUCUCAUCGUCUGCGAGGACGUGCAGUGUAAGCUAUGGCUAGGGCUCCAAGCAAGCAUGGCCGCGAUCAGGCUCUGGAUUUCCAGGGAUUUUUGAAUAACUUACAAGAUUGGGAGCUCUCUCUCAAGGACAAAGACAAAAAAUUCAAAGCAGAAGCACCUAGAAACGAAAAAAUGAAGAUUGGAAUAGUUGACCAGGAUAGAAGAUCCACUGGGAAAACUCCCUCAGUGGAUUAUUUAAGAAGUAAUGCUGGACAACAUGAGUACCUGAGGAAUUAUGAUCCCCUAACAAGUUUAUCAAGCAGUAUGACUGAAGAGAAUUCUCCUGAUGCUGCUUCAGAGAAAGAGCAGGGAAAUGAGUAUUUUAAGCAGAAGAAAUUUAAGGAAGCAAUUGACUGCUAUUCAAGGAGCAUUGCUUUAUCACCUACUGCAGUAGCUUACGCAAAUAGGGCUAUUGCCUAUCUCAAAAUCAGAAGAUUUCAAGAGGCUGAGGAUGAUUGUUCAGAAGCCUUAAAUUUAGAUGACCGCUACGUAAAAGCAUACUCCCGCCGAGCGACAGCUAGAAGAGAACUCAGAAAACUAAAAGAAUCCAUUGAGGAUUCUGAGUUUGCUCUGAGGUUGGAGCCUCACAACCAAGAGAUCAAGAAGCAGCAUGCUGAGACAAAAUCUUUGCUUCAGAAGGUGAUUCUUCAAAAGGCAUGUGGAGCACAAAGAAGCUCUGUACAAGGAGCUUCUGUAAGUGGUUCUCAAAGGACAGGCACUGGUGCAACUCAGGAAGAUCAUACAAAGGAGAACAUCAAAAAAAUUCCUACAAAAACAUCCUUCUCUGUGGAGGAAGUAGAAGGCAUGAACAUGGAUGUUGAAAACAGAGAAGCAGUACAAGAAGUGAAUGGCUUGCGUGGUGAUGCUGUUCAAAGUUCUGGUUUGGGAAACCAGAGAACUUGCCACAAAGAUUUAGAAGCAUCAGUGCAAGACCUUGCUUCUCGAGCAGCUUCUCGAGCUAUGGCUGAAGCUGCAAACAACAUCACGCCACCAAAUUCAGCUUAUCAAUUCGAGGUUUCUUGGCGAGCACUCUCUGGCGAUUCUGCACUGCAGGCUCGUUUUUUGAAGGCUACAUCACCAAAUGCACUACCCAAGAUAUUCAAAAAUGCCUUGUCUGCUCCUUUAUUGGUUGGCAUCAUUAGGUGUCUUGCUUCCUUUUUCAUUGAAGAAAUGGAUCUGGCCAUCAACUACUUAGAAAAUUUAAGCAAGGUGUCAAGGUUUGACAUGAUUAUCAUGUGUCUUUCAUCCGCAGACAAGGCUGAUAUCCUCAGGAUAUGGAAUGAAGUAUUUUGUGGGGAGACAACGCCAACUGAAUAUGCGAAUGCACUUAAUAAACUACGCUUGAGGUACUGCCCCAAAUGUUGAACGAUUCAUGACUUGGGGAAAAUGUAAUUUACUGUCAAAGAGUUCCCUAAUGGUACCACUUCUCAAAGGCUCUACCACUGCUUUUGGUUUCUAAACUGUACUAAGUGGACUUCUGGUUCCUGAGGAUUCAUUACUUUUGGUAAUGUGUCAAGGUGUUCCUCUAGUUAUUUGUCAUUUAGUGAGAUUCAACGAGGAUGAUUUUAUAUAAGACAAGAGAAGAUAGCGUGGGGGGUGGUUGGGCUGUGUUUGGUUUUGUUUUGCAUUUGUUUUUAAUUUAUUUUCUUUUUCUUGGGGAGAAAAACUGCCUGACCAAGCCAUGGGAUGUGAGCUUUCAAAAUGUGUAUGGGUGUCUACGCAGAGAUCGUUGAUAGUAGAAACCCUUUGAUUUGUGGAUAAUUGAUGUUGUUGAGUUUAGAAGUAUGAAUUUCGGAUUUUGAAUUUGAA